ACCAUCCAGGAGGACCUCGAGUAGAGCUCUCUCGCCCGCCUCGCUUCCCUCAGACACUCAUGGCAUCCGCUAGCUCCUCGCAGUCCACCCUCCGGCUGGGCCGCAGCAAGAAGAGCCCCACCGUCAUGGACCAGCUCGGAAAGUUCUUCGGGGGGGAGAAGAAGAAGAAGGGAAAGGGCUCUUUUCGAGGAGGUCUGUCUGCGUCUCCUCAGAGGAAGAGUGCGUCCCCGCGCCGCCGUCCGGAUGAGAGCGCCGUCAUGCACUUCCUGAGAAACAUCGUUUCUCCCUCUACCCCAAAAUCUAAGAGAGAGCAGAAAUCACAGAGCAAAGGCCAGAAGGGACGUGGAGAGAGUCAAGGCUCCUUAACCCGCAUCUUCAAGAGGGGAGGAAGCCAAUCCACUUCUUCUGCCAAGCGCUGAAACCAUCACCUCUCUCGUUAAACAGAGGACAGGAUGACAGAUUACAUCUUUUUAUUUUCCUAAUCCAGUAACAAUGAGUUGAAGCGGCUUCUGCAUUGAUAUGUUACAUCUGAAUUACUCCUGUUCAGUCUUGUAUUGAUGUAGUUGUGUGUAAUCUUUGAGAGUUAGAUGAUGUUGGUCGUGUUGCAAUGCUUUCGUCUCGUCUCUGUCGUGUUACUCUUACCUGGUCUGUAAAUGUGUGUGUGUUAGACCUCAGAUGUGUUUUCUACACUCUUCACGUGUCCACGAACGAAGAGUGAUGCGUCCUGUAAUCCUUCAAACACGUGCAUGUGCUGCGAUCCACAACACAGGACUUCCCAACACAAACGGGCUUGUUCAACGUUUAACCCGAUGACUGAUUGAUGUGGCCUUUGCUUGUUAUAGUUUGAGCCUUCGUUUUCUGUUCAUCAGGAAGAUACAAAAACAGUUUCCAGGUUUAAGUCAUUAUGUAUCUCACAUGUGAAACAAUGUGUAUGUUAUUUUAAUUUAACAUGCUUCAUAUUAAAAUCAAGUCACGUAAAAACUU